AGAGUCGGCAGGCCAAGUUGGCCAUUCUCGCGAGAAAGGUUCUCGCGGGUAUGAGGCCGAGCACUGCGCCGAAUCCCAAGUUUGAGGGGGGCCGGCGAGCGGCCUGAGCUAACAGCCAGGGGCCGCCGCAGGUGCCCAUUGAUAUUUUCCCGGGGCCAGCUCGGCUCCGCACCAAUUCGACGAGGCAGUGCGGCCAGUUGAGCGCCUCGGGCGCCCCGCUCGAGUCGCCUUCGACGAGGCUCGGCCGCCCCCGCUGCCGCCAGGCGCCCCUGCGGGCCUCUGACGCCCGGCGGGCUAGCCGCGCGAGCGGCGCUCCCUCGCGUCGCAGCCGCCCCCGCCAACGAAGCCUGCCCCCCGAUGGCGCUCGCGGUCGUCAGGCUCCUGCUCCUCGCCGCCGUCGUAUCCACGGAGGCCAAGGUCUUUCUGCGCUCUGGGGCCUCCGUGAACGCCACGGCUGCGGGCCCCGCCGCGUUCGCGGGCGACCCGCCGCUGCUGUUCUCGGAGGAGUCCUGCCAGGCGAUGGGCUCCACGAAGGCGAAGCUCGGGGGCCCCGUGCCGCCUGCCGAGGUCGUGCCAGGAUGCACGGAAGUCUGCGACAUGAUCAAGGGCAUGAAGGAGUACUGGAUGACCGGCGGGAUGGCCACCUGGUCGUGCGACGAGGCCAAAAAGUACGGCUGCGUCUGGGGCAGCGGUGCCGAUUUGAAGAACCCCUCGGACAUCGCCUGCUGAGCCCGAGCGUCCCAGUGGUGCCCCGCGUCGCUCGGGGCGCGGGCGCGCCUGCUUCGGGCCCCGCCCUCUGGCAGGACAGGAACGCGGCGGAGACUCGGGAAGGGAAAGGCUCGCUUUACUCGCCCA